AUGGAAAUUAACUGGCAAUUAGGAAAACACGUUUUUGAUGUCCCACAGAAGGACCUCAUCACAAGCAGAAAUUACUUGGAAACCGCCAUUGAGAUGCUAAUUAAAAUGAGUUCUGAAUUCACACUUGAGGAGGAAGUAUGGAGAGGUUGGAGAUGGAGAAAAAGGCUUUAUGGUGCUGCCUUUGAAGGGAAUGAAAACACUCUGCAUGAGUUGCUUCAAGAAGACAAACGAGUUCUUGAUAGAGUUUCUCUUGCUUGUUUCAAUUACAACAACCCUUUACAUAUAGCAAUAAAUCGAGGGCAUGAAAAAUUUGUUGAAGCAAUUUUGGAUCAUAAUCCUGAGAUAUUGGGGAACCUAGAAGAUUCACGUCAAAAAUGGUCGUCCCUUCACCUGGCAUCAGCUAGAGGUCAUUUGAGAAUUGUUGAAGCAUUGAUAAGUGUUGAUCCUGAGAGGUGUUUCGAUUCUGAUCAAGAUGGCAGGAACCCUCUUCAUAUUGCAGCCAUCAAAGGCAAAAUUGAAGUGUUGGAAGUGUUGGUUGAUGCAAGGCCUUUUGCUGCCCGCGAGAAGACAAAACGUGGGGAGACCAUCUUGCAUUUGUGUGUGAAGUAUCACCAGUUAGAGGCAUUAAAGAAGUUGCUGGAGGCUGUGGAUGAUGAUGAAUUCUUGAAUCAGACGGAUGAUGAUGGCCUUACAAUAUUGCAUUUGGCUGUUAUUGGCAAGCAAAUUGAGAUCAUCAAUUACUUGCUCACUACCAGAAUAGAACUCAAUGCUAGGAAUGCAAAAGGGCAGACAGCAUUGAACAUGGUUCCACAAAAUCCCAAGGAUAGGCAAAAGGAGAUCGAAAACUCUCUUCGACAAGCAGGUGCCUUAACCGCUGAUGAAAUCACAAAUCAGCAAUCAAAUUUUGAUCAAGGAAAGUGGCUGGAACAGAAAAUUAAAGCACUAAUGGUAGUGGCAUCCCUUAUUGCAAAUAUGGCUUUCCAAGCUGGGAUAACCCCCCCCGGAGGAGUUUGGCAAGAUGAUCAAACAGAACAUUCUCAAGAAAAUCCUUCGCUAAAUAAUGCACAUGAUGCAGGACAAUCCAUCAUGGCUUAUCACAAGAUUCAGUUUUAUCGAUUUUUCAUUGGUUUUAACACCAUCGCAUUUGUUUCAUCUCUGGGCACAAUCUCGCUGCUUAUCAGUGGGCUUCCCUUCAGGCGCAAGGUCUUCAUGUGGAUCUUGAAUGGCGUCAUGUGGUUAACCGCAACUUCAAUUCUAUUGAGUUAUGGAAUAUCAGUAGCCUUUGUCACACCAGAGUCUACAAAACAAAGACCUGGUAAUGUUGCAGUUGUUGCAUGGAGUUUUGUGAUAGCAAUCUAUCUUCUGGGAAUAGCAGCAGCCUACUCCACAAAUAAGUGGUGGAAGCUCUCUGGAAGAAUAAAAUGGAGAUCAAGAAAUAGUGUGAGUGCAGUGGUUGAAAAUCACAGAAAUGGUAAUGUAGUAGAGCUUCAAAUUCACUCUUCAUAA